UCAAAUCGAAUUUCAAUCGACAUUUCUGCACAUGGCAUGACUCAUGCGAGACUGCCCAUACAAAUAAGCAGGAACAAUGAAAAAUAAUCAAAAGUAUGCAAAACUGCCCCAAGAUUUGGAUCUGAGCUUUCAAAGUGAUUUAGACUUGCUGCCGGACACAGCAGCUGAUAUCGAUGUCGAUGAGUUCAAUGCGAGUGGAACGCCACCUGCUGGUUUAAUACUAAACGACGACGACGACGACGACGUCGACGCCGGCGACGACGACGACGACGAAGACGACGAAAUUGUCAUUGCAGCGCAGGUUGUGGGCGGCAGCGACGGCAGCGGCGGCGGCGGCGGGGGUCUGCGUUUAGCCACACGUAAGCAGCGCAGGCAGCGCAAGCAGCAAUUCGAACAGAAACUGUACAACAAUAAGAACAAGAUCUGCGGACUGGGCAGCGAUAGUGUUAUCGAGGUGAGUCAACAACUGCAAUCGAUAACAGACACACCAGUGCUGUUAUCGAUACGAUCAAUGAUCAAAUUAGUUUUAGGGGCAAAUAUCUUAAGGGGUUAA